AUGGGCUCUUAUUCCCUUGCUUCCCGUCAUGCUUGUGUCAAGGAGAUUAUCCAUGAUGGAGAUUGGCACCCUGGUAAUUUCUCUUCCAAAUCAGCCUGGAAUGCUAUCCGCACAAGAGCUGCCUGUAUUGACUGGAGCGAAGCUGUUUGGUUUGAAGGGAGUAUAAAGUCCCAUUCCUUUAUAGACUGGAGAUGCCUUUCGGAUGCCCUCCCCACUAGGGACAACCUCAUUCAUAGACACAUUCUGACUCCUCAUCAUUGCGUGUUUUGUUGGGCUGGAACUGAAAGUAGGAAUCAUCUCUUCUUCGGGUGCCCUUUUACUACUGAUAUUUGGAAACAUAUUUAUGACCUUUGUUUCCAUGAUGGGGCCACUCCUAGCAAUGCCAUUGAUGCAGCCAUUUCGGUUAGAUAUGUUGCAGGUAGAGCAGGGAAAUUGGGGCUAGUCAUAAAGCUUGCUUUCUGUGCCACAAUCAAGCAUAUUUGGUCGGAGAGAAAUUACAGAAUUUUUAGAAACAAAAUCAGAUCUAAGGACCAGAUUGUAGGGGCUAUAAAGGGGGAUGUUAUUGGCAGAUUAUCUUCCAUUGACUUGGUGGGAGACCCUACUACUGCCAACCAUCAUAUUGCUGCCAAAUGGGAUCUUCAAGUUCGUUGGAUUGCAAGAAUUCCAAUGGCAUGCUCUUGGUUUGCUCCAAAUCCGAACAUGGUUGCUCUCCAUUGUGAUGGGUCUCUUUCAGAUGACAAGGCAGGCUUUGGGGGUCUCAUUCGUGAUGAUAGUGGGGAUCCCUUAGCUGCCUUUGCUAGCAUAGGGGAAGAUCUUUCGGUGCUGUCCAUGAAGCUCAUGGCUAUUUACAGAGGAAUUUCCCUCUGCGUUGAUAAGGGCUUUUAUGAUGUCCCUAUUAGGUCGGAUUUGAAGUUGGCCGUCGAUAUUUUGAAUGGAGUGAUUACUGGGCCUUGGCAAAUCCUAACUUUGAAAAGUAAGAUCCAAAUAAAGGCAAGGCUGCUUAGGUCUAAAGAAUUCAUUCAUGUGUGGAGAGAACAGAAUCAGCCUGCAGAUUUCAUGGCCUCCAUCCCUAUAGACCCUUCUGAAAUUCUUUGGGAGCCUGAGUCCUUCCCUCCGGAGCUAGCGAUUCUCAUAAAGCAAGAUAAAGAGUUUGUAACCUAUUAUAGGAUGUAG